GCCACUCACAGCAACAGUAGUGAGAGCUCCCCGACACUUUAACUGUCAAUCAGGCUUAAUGGGGUAUAAAAACCUCCCCAGCGCCGCGGCUGUGAUAGCCAGAGAGCGCCAUAGGGAGAAAUGAGCAAGAGCCAGCGCUGAAAUAGUGCAUGGCGUAAUUCCUGCUCUGUGAUCUCAGACACUCCAAGUGAAAAACCAGGCGAGGGGGCAGCGAGAGGCGGUUUGAUAACAGCUCAACCUCUGCAACCGGCUCAGGACAGAACGGCUACAGAUAUUUAUAGAUAUGAAAACAAAACCAACAACCUUACCCUGAGUUGAGCCUUUCUUAAAAAGAAGGUCCUAGCAGUUCUGUCUUAUUUAAGCAAUUUCCUGAGUCUAAGAAUAGAAAUGAGCCGUUUGGAAGGCACUGCAGGCUGAAAUUUGGAGACAUAGGCUGCUUUAUUUUUCCAAAUAUAAAAGCCUUCCAUUUGGAUACUGGAUUUUUAUGUUGGUCCUUGAAGCUGAGGGAUGGAUAGUUACUUUUAAUUUCACUUUUUUUCUUUCCCCCCCCCUCUUUUAAUUUAAAAAAACCUGUCUUCCAGUUAAAAAGCAAGGAAACCAUUUUACCUGCAUGUGACAAUCUCAGAGGACACUCAUCAAGAAACAGGGGAGUGACUUGGUCUUCUGUACUACUUUACUCCUACCCCAUAUUUUUUAGGGGGAGAGAAGGCUUUUUGCCAGUCCAGGAAUCUCUCGUCUCCCAAGGUUUGGAAGGGGGUGGAAGACUUGUCACCCAUCUGGGGGUGCAUGAAGGGUCUUGGAUUUCUUUCUCUGUCAACUUGGUUUCGUGAAGGGUUGGAAGAGGAUUUUGCCUUCCUGGCUUGCCUGGAACAAGAGGAUGAUUUGGAAGUGGCUGGGCGCUCUGCUGCUUUUCCCUGUGCAGAUGGUUUACCUGGUGGUGAAAGCUGCCGUGUGCAUGGUGCUGCCACCCAAGCUCCGGGACCUGUCUGGGGAGAACGUGCUGGUCACCGGCGGCGGCAGAGGCAUCGGCCGGCAUCUGGCCAGGGAGUUCGCAAAGCGAGGAGCCAGGAAGAUCAUCCUGUGGGGUCGAACUGAGAAAUGCCUGAAGGAGACCACAGAGGAAAUCAGGAUGAUGGGGACAGAAUGCCAUUAUUUCAUCUGUGAUGUAGGAAAUCGAGAGGAGGUCUAUCGGCAGGCCAAAGCUGUGCGGGAGAAGGUGGGUGAUAUCACUAUCCUGGUGAACAAUGCUGCUGUGGUCCAUGGGAAGAGCCUGAUGGACAGUGAUGAUGAUGCACUGCUCAAAUCACAACAUAUAAACACCCUGGGACAGUUCUGGACCACCAAAGCAUUCCUGCCAAGGAUGCUGGAGUUGCAGAAGGGACACAUUGUUUGCCUGAGCUCUGUCCUGGCCUUGUCAGCCAUCCCUGGUGCCAUUGACUAUUGCACCUCCAAAGCCUCAUCCUUUGCCUUUAUGGAGAGCCUGACCUUAGGGCUGCUCGACUGCCCUGGAGUGAAUGCCACAACAGUCCUGCCCUUCCACACCAGCACAGAGAUGUUUCAGGGCAUGAGAAUCAGGUUCCCUAACCUUUUUCCUCCUCUCAAGCCAGAGACAGUGGCUAGGAGGACAGUAGAAGCAGUUCAGAUGAAUCAAGCAUUCCUGCUCCUUCCGUGGACAAUGCAUGUUCUUGUCAUCCUAAAGAGCAUUCUCCCUCAGGCAGCACUCGAAGAAAUCCACAAGUUUUCUGGGAGCUACACCUGCAUGAAUACUUUCAAAGGACGAACAUAGACUUAAUGGUGCAAGGACUGUUCUUCAGUGGAACCAGCACAAGCAUGAAAAUCCUGACAAGGCUGUGAAUCAGCAGUCUUGGCUUUCAGCCUGUUCAUGUGACUUGCGCUGCUCUGAGGCAACACAUUUCUUGCAGGUCAUAUCCAUAGUAACAUGACCUUUGCACAAGAUUGAAUAACUAGACUAUGGACCCUUGGAAAGAAAAACAAAAAGUGUGAACUGUUUGUAUGAUGGUUAAUUCUUUAGAGUUCAAUUGUUAAAUCUACUCAUAGUUUUAAGAUGUAAUUUUUGUUUCUCAAGUGUCUCUAGGCUGUUUCAGCACAUUACACCCCAUGCGUUCUUUCUGCCCUCUUCAGAGGAGCUGUGAUUACAAACUGCUUCUGGUUUCAUUUCAGCUUUUUCAAUGAGGAACUUAAAAAAUACUUUGAAGAACUAAAAGUUAUGGACAUUUAA